UCCUACAUUUAAAAAUAUUUGUUAUUAUUACAUGAGUUAUUUUUUCCAGCCUAGUAUAUUUGUGUUUGUUAUAUCCUCUUAGGCAAGUGUAAAUUCAUAUUGGUUAAACCUCUAAAUAAGUAUAUUUAUGAAUAAUACAGCAAGCACCAUCCUUAUGUUUUUCACUAUAUGUACUUCUUUGAAGUGUUGACAUAUGAAAAUUAUUAGUCUUUAGAGAAUGUUAACUGUUGGAUUCCACAAGGCAUUUACAUUAUAAGUGCUCUAAUAAGUUUUUGUCAAAAAACACUCAUUAGUAUUCUAAAAUGUAGAUAAAUGAUACAUGUCUAGCGGUUUUCAAAGGCAUGCUAGCUAAUUUAUCAUGCUUUCUCUUUCAAAUAGUUUUUAAAGAGUACUCUGCUUAUUCCAGUCCCCCCUUUAAAAUCUUUUAAAAUUGUGAAUAACCUAUUAACUCUGAGCAUUUUAUUAAAAUCCAAAAAAUGUAAAGGAGUCUAUGUCUUUGUCCUUGAUCAACUUUUAGAAACUUCAAAUAUAGCUUGGUUUGGCUGUUUUUUAAAAACGUUUUCUGGAGCAUUUAGGAUUCACUUAGAAAAAAGUCUUUAGGGAGAAAAAUGUAUCCAGCACCACUCAGUAUAUUUUUUGCACUGACUACUUCUGUUUUCCCCCUCCCUAGACUUUCCAAUGCUUUUUAAUAAAGGUGCUUGAGUUAUGUUUCCCAACAGCUCCCUCCUUUAUCAUGUGAUUCACACAAUCACCAGAACAUUAUAGAUUCUUAAGAAAAUGUUUGAAUGAUCGAAAGAAAAGUAUUUUACUGUGAUAUAUUGAUAUUUAAAUAAACGAAAAUACUUAAAACAUUUUGAUGGAAUCAAAUACUCCUAGGUGUACAAUGAAUUAUAGUUUUAUUAUUAAUUGAAUUGGUCACCAUUAUUCAAACAUGGAGUUAUCAUUCUAAUGUCGCUUUCCUUCAACAUAUUUUUCCUUUUUCUCUUCCUGCUUAAAUUGAGCCUCCUCUCCUGUCCACUGACUUAAGGAAUACAGAUGGAGACAUUGUAGUUUUUUAUUUUAUUACUUUAAUUUCCUUCCAUAGUUCCCUAAAUGACUCACCGAACUGUUUUCAUUUCUUGCAGUUUACUUUCUGAUCCACAUAUUAAAACAAAUUUUAAUUCUUAAUGUUACUCAGUCUGUCUUACAUUUUUAUAUUAUUUUUAUAUACAUUUGAAUGAGUUAUCCUAUCAAAAUUAUAGUAUUAAUUUUGAAGUUCUCGUUUUGAGAUUAGCAGUUGUGUAGAGCAUAUGUUGGUAUCAAAAGUCUCUGAUCAACAAACUCAUUACCUUUAGGAUUUUGGAUAUAUCACACAAUUUCUCUUCUUCUACCCCAAAUGAUAGCAGGUAUUUGAAUAGCUUGCAGUUAUACUCAAUAUAAAGACAUAAAAGUGAAGUUGCUGUUAUUUUUAGUAUCACUAGUGUUAAAGCAAACAUUCAGCAUUCUUGAUAAUUGCGUAAAGUACAAAAGAGGCUACAUUGAACACAUAUUUGCACUGUUUAUUUCUCUACCUACAACCUUGCAAUGGCUCCCUUUUGUUCUUAGAAUAAAAUCCAAGCACCCAUUAUUUGGCCCUGGCCUACUUUUCAGCCUUCCCUUUCCACUUACUCUUAGGACAUUAAGUUUUGUAUUUACUGUCCUUCCUUCAUUAUCUCUAAUAACUAUGCUUUACUCUUUCAGGACCCUCACACAUUCUACAGAUUUAGCCUGGCACACUUUUCCUGUAUCAUGUUUCAGAUUAAAUGGUACAUGUUGGGAGAAACUAUCUUAAUCCCUCUCCAUGAAGUUAGGUUCCUGUAUUGCAUAAGUUCAGUGAAAUCAGUACCUUUUCUAUGUAGCACUUUUCACAAUGUUUAAACAUCUGUUUAAAGACCGUACACCUACUAGAUGGAAAAUUGUUAUAAGAAAUACAGACAUUGUCUGUCUUGUUACUGCUACUUGCCUAACUUCUACAAACUCAACAAUUAUUUGUGAGAAUAAGUUAAUACAGAUGAAUAAUUGUAAAUUUGCUCUGAAAUAAGAAGAUAAAACACUCUAAGUAUUCCUUGAGUGUGAUGAUGUGGAAGAAAUUAGGCAUUCGUAGCCCUCUGGAUCUACCCCUGACAUGAUAUAUUUUCUUUUUUACUACCUUGCAGGAGGUGUCUUUUCUUUGUAUUUUUCUGGUGUAUGCAGUUCCUGCUCAUUUCACAAAGUUUAGGGAAAAAAGACAAACAUAAAUAGGAUAGUGAAGCAUACUAUCAUUUAGAGCAAAAUCUUUUUAAGUUUGUGUGUAAUUAUUACAGAAGAGGAGGGGUAGUCUAGUAUGUGUACACUUCUGAAAAAUCAUGUAAAUGAGGACUCUACGAAGACCAAUCACUGCUUUUAGAUAAGAGCGCAUUUUAUUUCCCUAGACAGCAUUUAUUUAAUUCACAUAACACGAGAUACUCCUCCAGUAGCAUCAACUAGGAUUGAUAAGAAUAAACAGUAAAACAGAAACACCUUCUCCAAGAUUUUGAAUCUGCAAGCGAACGCAUGGUGGCGCUGUUGACUAAGAAGGCGAAUUAAACCACAGGCAUUGUGAUUCUCGGUGACGCACGUAUCCUGCGUGGUAAACCAGGGGUUAUGAGCCCAGGCAGAUUUUUGAGCAAGCAAAUGUGAGCCUCUGGAAAGGCUUCUUCGCUAGGUCGUCUGCAAAGGUUGUGGGGCAAAAUACUGUUUUCCAGCGCUGUCUGAGGUUCAUCUUGGUGACAUUCCCUGGAAGAACGUGACAGAAAGAAAGUGCAAUGGAGGCCGGAGGAGAGCGAUUUCUUAGACAAAGGCAAGUCCUGCUUCUCUUUGUUCUUCUGGGUGGGUCUCUGGCUGGGUCCGCGUCAAGACGCUAUUCGGUGGCUGAGGAAAAAGAGAAGGGCUUUUUAAUAGCCAACCUAGCAAAGGAUCUGGAGCUCAGGGUAGAGGAACUGGCAGCGAGGGGGGCCCAAGUUGUAUCCAAAGGCAACAAACAGCAUUUUCAGCUCAGUCAUCAGACAGGUGAUUUGCUACUGAAUGAGAAAUUGGACAGGGAGGAGAUAUGCGGCCCCACAGAACCAUGCAUACUGCAUUUUCAGAUAUUACUGCAAAACCCUUUGCAGUUUGUUACAAACGAGCUCCACAUCAUAGAUAUAAAUGACCAUUCUCCGGUAUUCUUUGAAAAUGAAAUGCAUCUGAAAAUCCUAGAAAGCACUCUACCAGGAACAGUAAUUCCUUUGGGAAAUGCUGAGGACUUGGAUGUGGGAAGAAACAGCCUCCAAAACUACACUAUCUUUCCGAAUUCUCACUUCCACGUACUCACUCGCAGUCGUAGGGACGGAAGGAAGUACCCAGAACUAGUACUGGACAAAGCGCUGGAUCGGGAGGAGCAGCCGGAACUCAGCUUAACGCUCACUGCGCUGGACGGCGGCGCUCCGCCUCGGUCUGGGACAGCCCAGAUCAACAUCCAGGUCUUAGACAUAAACGACAAUGCACCAGAAUUUGCACUGCCUCUCUAUGAGGUUACAGUUCUAGAGAAUACCCCCGUUAACUCUGUCAUUGUCACUGUCUCGGCUUCUGACUUAGAUACGGGAAGUUUUGGGACAAUAUCGUACGCAUUUUUUCAUGCUUCUGAAGAAAUUCGCAAAACUUUUCAACUAAAUCCAAUUACUGGUGAUAUGCAACUAGUCAAAUAUUUGAAUUUUGAAGCGAUUAAUAGUUAUGAAGUCGACAUUGAGGCGAAGGAUGGCGGAGGCCUAUCUGGAAAGUCUACAGUUGUAGUCCAGGUGGUUGAUGUCAAUGACAACCCACCAGAACUGACCUUGUCGUCAGUAAACAGCCCUGUCCCCGAGAACUCGGCAGAGACUGUACUGGCUGUUUUCAGUGUUUCUGACCUAGACUCUGGAGACAACGGAAGAGUGAGGUGUUCCAUUGAGAACAAUCUCCCCUUCGUCCUGAAACCAUCUGUAGAGAACUUUUACACCCUAGUGUCAGAAGGAGCGUUGGACAGAGAGACCAGAUCCGAGUACAACGUCACCAUCACCGUCACAGACUUGGGAACACCCAGGCUGAAAACCGAGUACAACAUAACCGUGCUGGUCUCCGACGUCAAUGACAACGCCCCUGCCUUCACACAAACCUCCUACACCCUGUUCGUCCGCGAGAACAACAGCCCCGCCCUGCACAUCGGCAGCGUCAGCGCCACAGACAGAGACUCAGGCACCAACGCACAGGUCACCUACUCGCUGCUGCCGCCCCAGGACCCGCACCUGGCCCUCGCCUCCCUGGUCUCCAUCAACGCGGACAACGGACACCUGUUCGCCCUCCGGUCGCUGGACUACGAGGCCCUGCAGGCGUUCGAGUUCCGCGUGGGCGCCACAGACCGCGGCUCCCCGGCGCUGAGCAGCGAGGCGCUGGUGCGCGUGCUGGUGCUGGACGCCAACGACAACUCGCCCUUCGUGCUGUACCCGCUGCAGAACGGCUCCGCGCCCUGCACCGAGCUGGUGCCCCGGGCGGCCGAGCCGGGCUACCUGGUGACCAAGGUGGUGGCGGUGGACGGCGACUCGGGCCAGAACGCCUGGCUGUCGUUCCAGCUGCUCAAGGCCACGGAGCCCGGGCUGUUCGGCGUGUGGGCGCACAAUGGCGAGAUGCGCACCGCCAGGCUGCUGAGCGAGCGCGACGCGGCCAAGCACAGGCUGCUGGUGCUGGUCAAGGACAAUGGCGAGCCUCCGCGCUCGGCCACCGCUACGCUGCACGUGCUCCUGGUGGACGGCUUCUCCCAGCCCUACCUGCCGCUCCCGGAGGCGGCCCCGGCCCAGGCCCAGGCCGACUCGCUCACCGUCUACCUGGUGGUGGCGUUGGCCUCGGUGUCGUCGCUCUUCCUGUUCUCGGUGCUCCUGUUCGUGGCGGUGCGGCUGUGCAGGAGGAGCAGGGCGGCCUCGGUGGGUGGCUGCUCGGUGCCCGAGGGCCCGUUUCCAGGGCAUCUGGUGGACGUGAGCGGCACCGGGACCCUGUCCCAGAGCUACCAGUACGAGGUGUGUCUGUCGGGAGGUUCUGGGACAAAUGAGUUCAAGUUCCUGAAGCCGAUUAUCCCCAACUUCCUUGCUCAGGGUGCAGAGAGGGUUAGCGAGGCAAACCCCAGUUUCAGGAACAGCUUUGAAUUCAGUUAAGUGUUAAUAAGGUUCUAUUGAGCCUCAUCUCAGUUUUUCCGUGGAAAGUUCUUUUCUUACUGUUUUGCCCAUUGUUGAGGUCUCUUUUGGUCUGGUUCAAGGCGAGUAGCAGGAGCAGAGCAAAAUUCCAAAUCCAGGAAUGGCUUAGGUUUCAUUAACAGAAGGACUGAAAAAGUUGUUGUUUGGCUCUGAAUGUUUUGUAUUUCAAUCAAGAAUCCUUAGUCGAUAGAACAUUUUGUUUAUAUAUUGAUUCUGCUUUUUCUGUAGUUAAUCCACGCAUGUUCUCUCCUUCCGCCCUAGCUUGCCAUGCAGUCUUAACUCCUCCUUCUUUUUUUCUAAUGGGGAGCAAAAAGAAAUUCAUUUUCUUUUAAUGGUGAUUUCAAAUAGCUUUUUAAAGUAACUCAUUUCAAAUUUUAUAUUAUAAAAUAAUGUAGAGAGAGUUCCAAACCACCAAUUUUAUAAUUUCACUUGUGAAUAUAUUAGUAUAAUGUGUUGUAUAUAAUAUGUCCAAAGCAGUUAUGUCUAUGGUUAACGAAGUUUUGAGAAUAGACGAGAAUGUGUUUUAAGAUAUAGUAAUAUAUUAUCUUUUUAGGAACAUAGUACUCAAAUGAAAGUAAUUUAGUUCGUUUUCUGUGUUUACAUUUGCAAUUAAUAUUUCAAUAUUUUAUGUGCUUAUAUUGGCCAAAAUAUGGACACAAAUAUAGACCAGUAUGAAUAAUUACUGUUUGGUUUAUCUAAAGUCUGUUCAUGAUGACUGAGGAAAAAAUUAAACCUAUGCCAUUUUAAAAACU